AAUAAUCCCAAGUGCUGGAGUCAAUCUUCUUAAGGCUAAUUUGGAUAUUGGAUAUUAUGACCUUGAGCUGGGUACAUUUUCUAAUAUUUACGCAACUUUAGAUGUGUGCUGUUUCAUGUUCUCUUCCACAGCGUAAUGUCCUACAUUAUUCCAAUGAAAAUGAGAGUUGGUAUGAACAUAUUCAUGGAAGGUUUUUAGAUGGUUGGUUAUACACCUAAAUAUACCUACAGCCAUUAUCUUUUUCACGAACUAGUAUAACCCCCCUAUUCAAUUGAGACUACCAAACACCUGGAACCGUAUCGAAAGAACACUAAUCGAUCGCAAAGAAACGAAUUAAUUUAUACCAGCUCGUGAAAAAGAUAUUGUAUAUAUUGGAUAUUGGGGCUGAUUUCUUUGUGCUCGAUUUUUCUUCUUUCGGUAUAGUUCCAGGUAUUUCGUACUGUCAAAUGGAUAAGACUAGUAUCUUCUAUAUAUUUUAUGACCUAUGGAAGACUUUCUGGCAGUAUAAACUUCACUCUUAUAGACACUAACCGUUCAUUAAAUCCGAUGUAGUGUUUUUGUUCAGUGUUCAGGAUUUCUAUGAAUUGGCGUCUGCUACGAUAUCAGGAUGCUACUUAGCCAUAUUGUUAUGUUCAGCCUUUGGUAAGUUUGCGAUAGGUAUCAAGACAUUUUAUGAAUUUGGGGAGUAUGGCGAAUGGUUUGUGCAAAGUCUGAGAAAAUCGAGCAAGAGCGAAGUCUAAUAUUUCAAAUCCGGACGCUAUUCCAAACAGUAGUGUAAUUUUUUGAAAUACACCAUACCGCUGUUUUUGUAUAAGUACAAUGUCUGCGUAUGCGCAAGGUGGAAAUGUAGGUCGUGGCUCCGACACAAUGAUUGAUCGUUAUUGCAACUCUUUAAAUAUACUUAAAGAAAAAGUUGUGAGUCUGUUAGAGCACUAUCAUUCAAUCAUUAUGCAGAAAAUGGAAUGCGAUUUAGGCAACUUACUUACCUACAAUGCUGAUGGGUUUCAAAGUCAUUUGGCAGAUGUCUUUUCUCAGAUAAAUGACGUUGAAAUCCAUUUAAACAACUUGGAGGCCUGGGCUGGUCUUCCUCCUGAAUGCUUCACUUCAGCUGGUUUGAACUAUGGUAUCCCAGAUCCAGAUCAAGUAUCUCAUGAGGCUCAAACUCUAGUCGAGGCUGUUCGACAUUUACAAGCUGAAUUGCGUGCAAUGACUACAAAAAGUAAUUCAAACAGCACAACCGCUACAGAAAAUAUACCAUCAGUUAAUGCAACUGAAAAAAGUGAUAAUAAUCAGGAUCGCACUACAUCUUCAGUGCUGAAUACAGUAGCAAGACAAAGUCCUAUUCCGUUGACGGCUAUAAAAUCUGAGACUAAUCCUUAUUUCAUCCAGUCUAAUACAUAUAUAUCGCCAUCUGCUGAUGAUCCGAAUCAAGUAUGUAUGGACACACUACCACAAGUAUCAUCUUUUACGCCGAAUGAAGAAGGACGUGGUUGUCCCCAGCCAGGCAAUCGACUUUCAUGCAGUUCCAAUACUAAUCCAGCAACCCAUUCACCUGGUGUUGAUCGACGUCAACAAUCUACUAUUUCGACUGAUGUUUACCGCACUGCAUCUGGACACCAUUCUUCAUUCUCUUCGCCUAUCCCACCACAAAAUUAUCUUCCUGGUCAAUACAACCAGUUUCCUCCUAGCUCUGUUGAACCUAUGCCUUCAAAUCGUAUGGCUUCUGAAGCGUAUUUGCAAUAUACAUCACCAGGGAGUUUAGCACGAGCAGCUGAACCGUACACACCGAGACCUCAGUGAUAUUCAUUUUCUUACUUCAAACCUAGUAAAAUUUACAGUUAUGAGAACGCAUUGCAGAAUGACAGUAUUAACUUUUGAUCUGUAUGCAAAAUUUAAUCGCUUGUAAAAAGUUUGUAUAUUUUCAUAAUGAAGAAAGAUAUCAAUAAAACUUUUUUUACAA